AUGCAGGAAUACAUCGAUUUAGGACACAUGUCGAUCGUAGAAGAGGAACCCAUAGGAGGUUGCUAUCUUCCCCACCACGCGGUCAUUAAAUCAGCCAGUAUGACAACAAAGGUAAGGGUCGUAUUCGACGCCUCCGCGAAAAACGAUAAGAGACUUUUUCUCAACGACACCUUAUUAGUCGGACCCACAAUCCAAGACACGUUAGUAGAGCACUUGUUACGAUUCCGAACGUAUCGAUACGUAUUGACGGCGGAUAUCGAGAAAAUGUAUCGACAAAUAUGGAUUCAUCCGGACGAUCGCCAGUAUCAACGGAUAUUUUGGUUACAUAACGAACAAAUCCGCACCUUCGAACUCAAUACGGUGACAUUCGGAAUAGCCUCAGCACCUUUUCUUGCCAUACGAACCAUAAAACAACUCGCGAAGGAUGAAGGCGCAAAUCAUCCGCUCGGAGCCGAAAUAUUAAACCGGGAUCUAUACGUUGAUGAUCUCAUUACUGGAGCGGAUAACAUCGAAACCAUCGGANCUAGCACGGGCCAUUGA